AUGGCUUCGCAGACCUCAGCCCCUGCUCAGGUUGCACCCAUGUCAUCUUCAGAAGCAACUACCACUGAAGUAGCAUCUACCUAUGACCAAGCAGACAUGGCAACCAUGCACACAGGGCCCCCACGCCCUCCAAAGCAGAAGUCCUGGCUAGCAAGGAAUUUCUCCCUGCUGUUGAGGAAAGACCGACAGGCCCAGAAGGCUGGGCAGCUUUUCUCCGGGCUCCUGGCCCUCAAUGUGGUAUUUCUGGGUGGGGCAUUCAUCUGUAGCAUGAUCUUCAACAAUGUGGCUGUCACUCUGGGUGAUGUGUGGAUCCUGCUGGCCGCACUGAAGGUCCUCUCUCUGUUAUGGCUCCUCUACUACAUGGUGGGCACCUCACGGAAGCCCCACGCGGUGCUGUACCGUGACCCUCACGCAGGACCCAUCUGGGUGAGGGGUUCCCUGGUGCUCUUCGGUAGCUGUACCAUCUGCCUGAAUGUAUUUCGCAUAGGCUAUGAUGUGAGCCACAUUCACUGCAAGUCCGAAGUGGAACUCAUCUUUCCAGUCAUUGAGAUCAUCUUCAUGAGUGUCCAGACAUGGGUGCUCUGGAGACACUGCAAAGAUUGUGUUCAGGUGCAGACCAACUUCACCAGGUGUGGCCUCAUGCUGACCCUGGCCACAAACCUGCUGCUGUGGAUUUUGGCUGUGACCAAUGACUCCAUGCACCGUGAGAUUGAGGCUGAGCUGGACGCCCUCAUGGAAAAGUUCUCAGGUAACGAGACCAACACUUGUAUGUGCCUCAAUGCCACGGUGUGCGAGGUCUUCCAGAAGGGCUACCUGAUGCUCUACCCCUUCAGCACCGAGUACUGCCUCAUCUGCUGCGCGGUGCUCUUCGUGAUGUGGAAGAACGUGGGCCGCCGCCUGGCAGCCCACUCAGGUGCCCAUCCCAACAGACCACCCUUCCGCCUGCACGGGGCCAUCUUUGGUCCACUGCUGGGCCUUUUGGCACUUGUGGCUGGUGUGUGCGUCUUUGUGCUCUUCCAGAUCGAGGCAAGUGGCCCUGACAUCGCCCGCCAGUACUUUACCCUCUACUAUGCAUUCUAUGUGGUUGUGCUGCCCGCCAUGAGCCUGGCGUGCCUGGCAGGCACAGCCAUGCACCGGCUGGAGGAGCGAGAACUGGACACACUCAAGAACCCCACCCGCAGCCUGGAUGUGGUGCUGUUGAUGGGCGCUGCGCUGGGCCAGAUGGGCAUCGCUUACUUCUCCAUCGUGGCUAUUGUGGCCACCCAGCCACACGAACUGCUCAACCAGCUCAUCCUGGCCUACUCAUUGCUGCUUAUCCUGCAGCAUAUCACCCAGAACCUCUUCAUCAUCGAGGGCCUGCACCGCCGCCCCCUCUGGGAGCCUGUGCUCCCCGAUGUGAUGGGGAAGCAGGAUGCUGAGCUGCCCCGCAGAGGUUCCCUGCGGGACCUGGGCCAAGACCUACGGAGAGCCUCGAGGGCUUACAUCCACUCCUACAGCCACCUCAACUGGAAACGAAGGAUGCUCAAGGAGAUUUCGCUCUUCCUCAUCCUCUGCAAUAUCACGCUGUGGAUGAUGCCUGCAUUUGGCAUACACCCUGAGUUUGAGAAUGGGCUGGAAAAGGAUUUUUACGGCUACAGGACCUGGUUCACCAUUGUCAACUUUGGCCUGCCUCUGGGGGUCUUCUACCGAAUGCACUCUGUUGGGGGACUGGUGGAAGUCUACCUGGGGGCCUGAGGGCUCAAUGAAAUCAGCCACAGCAGAACCCCCAAAGUGCCAAGACAGAAAAGGAAGCGUGGCCUAUCUGGGCAGACACAUCAUCACAUCACGGAGGUGCAGAAACCUGCCUGAGGUUCCCAAAGUGACCUUUCUUCAGCCUGACUGAGAGAGAGGGUACUGCCUGGAGCUCAAAACCAAGGUCAGGGCUUGGAAGGAGAGCCUGAGCACAACCCUUCACAGAGCCUCUUCAAAACAGUCCGUGUAAUUAAGGAUGUACCCAGGUGACUGGCCAAGGCUACUAUCUGUGAGGGUCAGUGUGAAAUCAUGGAGUCUGGGGGCUGGGAGGGGGCUGAUUCAUCCUGUGGAAGGGGCUGCUGGACAUCCUGGAGGCUCAGGACUCGUACUGGGAGCUCAGAACCCAGCACUCAAAGCUUGGCAGGCAGCCCUGCCCCUCUCCCCAAACACUCCGGCUCCUAAUGAGCUCAUUAAUUAGCUGCCAGGCAGGGCUCAACAGCUCUCCCCUGCUUCCAUAAACCCUGUUUGUUUGAUCGAUUCCCUUCCGUCUCUGUGGCAUUUGUUCCUGGGGACAGAACUGCCACUCCAGGUGUGGUGAGAAGAAUGGUCCUCUCAAGCAAGACAGUCCUGUUCCUCAGCCAGGAGUGGUCUACACCAGAUAUUCUCUGUCUGAUCCAUGGACAGA